AUGACCAUGUGCUCGAAUAUUUCAGGUAACAAACCACACGUUAUUGUCAUUGGUGCAGGCGGCGUUGGUGUCAUUGCAGCUUUAUCCUUAUUCCAUUGUAAUAAAACAGAGGUAUCCUUGGUGGUAAGAUCGGAUUAUGAUCAUGUAAAGGUCCAUGGUUACAAGAUAUCUUCCUGUGAUUAUGGUGACUUAGAAGGUUGGAAACCACACCAUCUAUACAAGAAUGUAGAACACGCAAUCAAAGAUGAUCCAAAAAGAUUUUAUCAGUAUGUCUUAGUUACCACUAAAAAUAUUCCAGAUGGACCAUUUCAGUCUCGUGUACCAGAGAUCAUCAGACCAAUUAUGGAAAAUAAUUUGACUUAUCAUAUUGAUAAGAAGUGUAACAUUCUACUAAUUCAAAAUGGGAUCGAGAUCGAGUCUGAUAUAUUGACAACUUUCAACAAAACUACAUAUAAUUAUAAUAUCUUGUCUGGGAUUCAAAUCAUUGGAUCUACCAAAAUAGAUAAAGGUGUUAUUAAUCAGCAAGGCCAUGAACAUCUAAGCGUUGGUUCCUUUGAUUCAUCCGACCAAGACUCUAUUCUUGCUGCCAAAAACUUUAUAAGUUAUUAUUUAAAUGAAGGUUUCAAUUCGAUUGAAUUUGAUGAAAGGGUGCGCUAUUCUAGAUGGAAAAAGCUAUUAUAUAAUGCUGCCAUUAAUACGACCACAGCCUUGGUAGGUCUUGACGUUCCAAGAGCAUUAGAAUUCGGCAAAGACAAAAAAUCUACUGAAUUUGGUAUAUUUAGACCUGCAAUGAAAGAAAUUGUUAGAAUUGCAGAAGCGGAGGGGAUAAUAUUGGAAGAUAAAUUUAUCGAUUUUUUUGUCAACUGCACAAGAGAUCUAUUAUUCAAACCUUCAAUGUGUGUUGAUGUUCAAAAACAUCAAUUAAUGGAAAUUGAAGUUAUAUUAGGUAACCCAAUUAAAUUAGCCAAGAAAUACGGAGUCGAGACACCUGUAUUGGAAAUGUUAUACAAUUUAUUAAUAUUAGUUCAGUGUAAAUUAAAAGAAGAAAAAGGAUUGAUUGUAUUUGAUGAAAAAAUCUCAAGAUUAAUCGAUCACUGA